AUGACUGAUCCAGAAACUCGGUACCCCACCCUUGAGAAGAUGGCUCUCGCCGUUGUAACGUCGGCGAGAAAACUGCGCCCCUACUUCCAGUCGCACACAAUCGAAGUAUUGACAAAUCAACCAUUGCGAACGAAAAUGCAGAAUACAAACCAAUCCGGACGGUUAUCGAAGUGGGCUAUCGAACUCAGUGAGCAUGACAUUGUCUUCAAAAAUCGAACAGCUGCGAAAUCUCAAGUCCUCGCAGACUUUCUCAUCGAGCUAGCACCAGAGCUCGAGCAAGAUCUAAUUCUCCCGAGUCAAAAUUGGAUACUCCACGUCGAUGGGUCGUCGACAAACAAAGGAUCAGGGGCAGGAGUGCAGCUGCAAUCCCCGACAGGAGAACUGAUCAGACAGUCGUUCAGCUUCGGCUUCGCCGCUUCAAACAAUGAAGCAGAGUACGAGUCAUUGAUCGCAGGACUAAGACUCGCCAAGGCAGUCAAGGCGAAACGCCUCAGCGCAUACUGCGACUCACAACUCGGGGAGAACGUAUGCGCUGACGCUCUUGCUGCCCUAGGUAGCAGGUUGCGCGAUCAGGUGAAACGUACCAUCCCUAUCCACAAGAUCAAUAAACCAAGCAUCGACCUGACUCCCAUCGAAACCGCCAUCGUAGCGCCAAUAACCGAAGCCACAGCCGCGAACCAAGUCCUCGAAGAGGCGCCAGACGACACCAACGACUGGAGAACAGAACUUAUUGACUAUCUGGUCGAUGGGAAGUUACCUCCCGAGAAAUGGAUCGCACGACGACUCAAGACGCGGAGUGCCCACUAUGUCUUCCUCGACGGAGAACUCCACCGAUGGACCGCAACCAAGGUACUUCUGAAGUGCAUCAAUGGCGAAGAGACGCAUUUAGUCAUGGCUGAAACGCACGAAGGCGCCGCAGGAAAUCAUUCUGGAGGUCGAGCACUUGCUUUAAAAGUAAAAAGUCUCGGUUUCUACUGGUCAACAAUGAAUGCAGACUGCGAAGCUUACGCCCAGCGAUGCGAUCAGUGCCAGCGACAUGCCUCAACGAUCCACUCCCCGACACAGUUGCUGCGAACGAAGACAGCUCCAUACCCUUUCAUGCGAUGGGGGAUGGACAUAAUCGGCCCGAUGCCGAGUUCUCGACAGAAACGCUUCGUCCUGGUCUUGACAGAUUACUUCACGAAAUGGAUUGAGGCAGAAGCUUUCGCAAGCAUUACAGAAAAAGAGGUUCAACGAUUUGUGUGGAAGAACAUCAUCUGUCGCCAUGGCUUACCUUACGAGAUAGUGACUGACAACGGCUCCCAAUUCAUAUCUAACAAAUUUUAA